AUGGAUGAUUCUGCUGUUGCGGAGCCGCAGCCCCCUGUGGAGGAACAUGCGUCAGAGGUCCCGGAGCCUCAGGUUUUCUCCGAACAGCCCCUCGAGCAUUCGAUGGAUCAAUCAUUGGGGCAGCCGAUGGAGCACCAGGCGCCAGUCAGCGUCAACGUCGAAGAACCAGCCCCUGGAAGGGCUACGAGUCGUAUAGACCACGGCUACAACAGCGAUUCCAAAGCGCACUACCACUCUCGAUCGACUGAUUUCCACCACGCUGCUCCUGAAUAUCCUCCUCAUGAGACCGAUCAAUCUGCUCCCCUUGCCUCAUUCCCCUCCGUUAGCCAGCAGCCCUCUUUGCAGCCUUCAUCACGCCCUGGCUCCAGUUUCUCCAGUGGCCCAGAGAGAUACGGUCUCUCUCAGCAGCAACAACAGCAACAGCAGCAGCAGCAGCAGCCGUCAGAAGUCACCCAGCGACAGGCGGCUCAGGCCCAGUCCUCGAAGAACAGUGUUGUCAUUAAGGUUGGCAUGGUAGGAGAUGCCCAAAUUGGAAAGACAAGUCUCAUGGUGAAGUACGUCGAGGGAAGCUGGGAUGAGGAUUACAUUCAGACACUAGGUGUCAACUUCAUGGAGAAGACCAUCUCCAUUCGCAACACAGAAAUUACCUUCUCUAUCUGGGAUCUGGGUGGUCAGCGCGAGUUCGUCAACAUGCUGCCGCUAGUCUGCAACGAUGCUGUGGCCAUUCUAUUCAUGUUUGAUCUCACCCGCAAGAGCACGCUGAAUUCUAUCAAGGAAUGGUACCGUCAGGGUCGUGGUUUUAACAAAACUGCUAUUCCUUUCUUAGUCGGCACCAAGUAUGACCACUUCGUCAACUUCCCUCGGGAAGACCAAGAAGAGAUCUCCCUCCAGGCCAAACGCUUCGCAAAAGCGAUGAAGGCCAGUCUGAUCUUCAGCAGUACAAGUCACAGUAUCAAUGUGCAGAAGAUUUUCAAGAUCGUCUUGGCCAAGGCUUUUGACCUCAAAUGCACAAUCCCGGAGAUCGAAAAUGUCGGCGAGCCUCUGUUGCUGUACAAGAAUGUCUAG